CUCCCUGGCUGGCUCCUCUCUCUCCCUCUCAGUCGGCCGCUGCUGCCUGCCUGUCGCCGGGGCUGGGAGAGCCUGAGAGAGCGUGUGUGUGUUAUGUGAGUGACGCGGCGGAGGUGUAGUUUGACGCGGUGUGUUACGUGGGGGAGAGAAUAAAACUGCGGCGAGAGCCUAGGCGCGAACGAAAGCAGUGACGGAGCAGCCUGUAGCCGAUAACUAAAUGACCAUGGAAUCUGGUGCAGAGAACCAACAGAGUGGAGAUGCAACUGUUACAGAGGCAGAAAAUCAACAGAUGACUGUACAGACACAACCACAAAUUGCAACAUUGGCCCAGGUAUCCAUGCCUGCAGCUCAUGCAACAUCAUCUGCUCCCACUGUGACCUUAGUGCAGUUGCCUAAUGGACAGACAGUUCAAGUCCAUGGUGUUAUUCAAGCUGCUCAGCCAUCGGUUAUUCAGUCUCCGCAAGUCCAGACAGUUCAGAUCUCCACUAUUGCAGAAAGUGAAGAUUCACAGGAAUCUGUGGACAGUGUCACUGACUCCCAGAAGCGCAGGGAAAUUCUUUCUAGGCGACCUUCUUACAGGUAUGAAUGUAAUAUUGUAAUACCUGCAUUCGGUAGAUCAACACAAAAAAAAUUUGCUAGAUGUUCCAUCCUAUAAUUAGAACAAGAGUCU